AUGGAAGACAUCAAUAACUACAGUGAGUCCUAUCCCUAUGGAUUUGAAUUCGACUUAGGGGAAGAAACAGCGUUCUACCACGGUGAAUCGCAAGUGCAAUAUAAUGAGGCCGUAUCUGUGCCAUCAUUUGAUAAUUCGUAUGCCAAAGAAACGAGUAGUUCUGUUAUUGAACAGGGACAGUUAAUGGAUUUGAACGAUUUGAUAAAGAAGAUAGAAAAGUUAAGAUUAGAAGAAAUUGCUCUAACUCACCGUAAAAACAACGGGUUGGUGUUACUAACCGAAUUUUCCGAAAAAGGGUUGAUAUCGGUAAGAGAAGACACUAUAUUAUACAAUGUUGUCAAUAUUAUAUAAUAAAAUAAUAAAGUGAAAAAAAAAUUAUAGUCAAUUCAUUUAUACAAAUCUAAUGAAGGAAAUAAUAUUAUUUAAUAAUUUGCUGUAAUUCUACUGUUGGAAUUAGUGUUGGUGGCUCAUUAUUUUUCGAAAAAAGUGUAACCAUACGUGUAUUAUUCAUAUCAUUACAAUUAAGCUUUGCAUACUUAUUUUCUGUAACUAUCUAUAAUUAUUUCAUGUGCAAUGGUGGUUUUAUAUCCAGGGGGUGGAUAAGUUAUACCAAUUCCCCCGAAAUGUCUUCAAUAACUACUUUUUAAGUAUUUAUUUAUUACAAUUUAUUGUUUUUUAAGUGAAUGAAAUGAAUGAGAGGACUAUAAAAUUAACUCACUGCUCUGAGAUUUACAUCUGGUUGCGUCACUGUGCAAUGGCAUUAUUGAAAAGGAAUAAAAAUAUUAAUUUUCAAAAAAAAAAAAUUUGGGAACAAUUGAAAUAAGAACAUAAUAUAACAUAUGUAGAGCAUCUGUCAUCACGACUAAAUUUUAUAUACAGAUUUCGAAUAAACCAUCUCUCCUGGUUAACUGCUGUUUUUCUUUAUCCCAGACUAUUAGAUAAAUUAAUACGAUACGUAUAUCUGUAAUCAUAAAUAAUACAAAUAUCGGAAUUUCUUAUGUUUAGAGCCAAACGGAGUUUUCAACGACAGCUGAAACUCCGAGUGAAUUACGUGCAGUAUACGAAAAUCUAUUAUGGAAAUUCAAGGAAACAAAAGAAUCAUGGUUCAGAAAAGAGAAAAAUCUAAAGGAAGAGAUAAAGCUUAAAACCGAAUAUUUAGAAUCGAUGCGCGAAAAAUGUUCCAAUCUUGCCAUCAACCAGGACGAAUUGGAAUUAAGCGCCGGUUUGAAAAUGGUUCAUCCAAAAACCGGGAAAAAACUUGACCGUGACGUAAGCUCUAUAAUGUAACAUAAUGUUUAUAUUUAUUGUCAUUUUUACGAUUUCAACAGAAGGAAAAGAAGAUUACAAGACACAUAAUAUAUUUUGCAUACAUCCCUCUUCCUCAUUUCUAUUCAAUGCAAAUUAUGUCACAGCGGCAAAUAUACGAUUCCGUACGUUUAUACCUUUUUGCUUUUUGAAAAAAUGUUUAUUUUUGCAACCUGACCCUUAAAUUAGUAUACAAAUUAGCGGAACUUUGCCAUCGCGUACGAAGUCUGGUUCCACAAUGUUUACACACAAAACAUAUUUAUAGUUUUUAAUAUCAAUUACCACCUAGGUAGGUAUACUUGCAAGUCUUUCUAUUGCACCGCGGAGCAUCACAACCUAAAUAUUCGAAAAUAUCGGGUUUACACUCAAAAAUUUCAAAAAUCAGAAUUUGAAUAUAUGUAAAAUUUAAAAAAAAAACACCUUGUAUAUAUUGAAGUAAUAAUAUUGGCAAUUUGUCAUGGUUGUAGAUAGAUAGUUUAAUGAGAAAUCAACAACAUACAUCGAUAUAAAGGUUAUAACGACUAAGUUGUAUUACAUAAAACAUAAUACAUAAUACAAAAAUGAGGUUAGGUUACACAUUGAUAACACUAUUAUUUUAAAUAUGUUAUAUGCUCCCUUUUUUUUUUUUUUUACAAUGAAAAUAAUUUAAUAAAUUAGGUAUUAUAAUAGGUGCACAAUAAUAACAUAGUAACAAAGUAAACAUUUUUUUUUAAAUUAUUUCUCUAAAUAAUAAAACAUUAUUUUAAAUAAUAUUACCUAGUGCAGUAACUCAACAUCAACAACAAAACAAAGAUUUCAUUAUAUUUUUUACUGUUAAGUAUUAAUAAUAUAAAUAACCAUUUUUCCUGUUAACACUACCACUAAAUGUUACCAUUAGAUCAAUCUUUGUAGGAGUUUCACUUUGUACUAUCAAUUCUAUUUCAUUCAUCUACCUCCUCCUUACUUGUCUACUUGUACAUCUGAAUCUCUUGCCAUCAUUGCUGACCAACCAGUACAACCUUGGAGUUUUUCCUCUUUUUUCGAUUACCCUCUGGAAUCCACAACUGGUUCUUAA